GAUCACUCGCAGCGUCUUUUGCCAAGCAACCAGUUUACUGCGCAUGCGCAUCUGAUACUUUCAGCUCUGACGAAAAAUGGCAGACAAGCGAGCCGAUUCUGGCUCUGAAAGUGAUGCUGAUGAUGCAGUUGUUGGCAAUCUUAAUAAGUUCACUGUACUCCCACUUGGAUACAGUGGCAAACCUAAACCUGGACAUCUCAUCUUUGAUGCAUGUUUUGAAUGUGGUAACCUUGGUCGUGUUGACUACAUCACAGAGCAUGAAUACGAUCUGUUUGUUAGACCCGAUACCUGUAAUCCUAGGUUUAGGGUCUGGUUUAACUUCACAGUGGAGAAUACCAAGGCAGAUCAGCGUGUGAUAUUCAACAUUGUUAACUUCAGCAAGACGAAGAGCUUGUACAGAGAGGGCAUGGCACCGAUGGUUAAAUCAUCAAGUAGAACAAGAUGGCAGAGGAUACCAUCCAAGAAUGUGUACUAUUACCGAUGUCCAGACCACAGGAAGAACUAUGUGAUGUCCUUUGCUUUCUGCUUUGAUAAAGGAAGUGAUCUCUACCAGUUCUCCUACUGCUACCCUUACUCCUACACUCGACUACAAACAUACCUCUCGGCCGUGGAGAAGAGAAGGUUGGACUUUGUCAAGAGAGAACUACUCUGCCUCAGUGUGCAACAGAGAAGGCUGGAUCUUCUAACGAUAACCUCACCUGAGAAUCUGGACCCUGAUGUAAAACAGAGAGUGGUAGUUAUCACAGCUAGAGUACAUCCAGGAGAAACACCAGCUUCAUACGUCUGUCAAGGUUUGCUAGAUUUCUUGUUAAGCCAGCACCCUGUAGCCAAGGUAUUGCGUGAUCACAUUGUGUUCAAAGUGGUUCCUAUGCUCAAUCCAGAUGGUGUCUACCUAGGGAACUACAGAUGUUCAUUGAUGGGCUUUGAUCUGAACAGACAUUGGAAUGAACCAUCUCCAUGGGCUCAUCCUACUCUACAUGCUACCAAACAACUCCUAGUUGAUAUGAAUGCUAACCCGAAUAUAGUGGUUGAUUUCUACGUUGACAUCCAUGCUCACUCUACGUUGAUGAAUGGUUUUAUGUAUGGCAAUGUUUAUGAUGAUCCAGUAAGAUACGAGAAACAGGCCGUCUUUCCUAAACUAAUGUGCUCCAACGCUGACGACUUUUCAAUGAUGAAUACAUCAUUCAACCGUGAUUCCGUGAAGGCAGGAACCGGACGUCGUUUCCUUGGUGGAAUCCUGGAUGAGAAUUCUCUGUGCUACACUCUAGAAGUGUCCUUCUUCUGCUACACACCCAACUCAUCAUCUACUGUAGUCCCAUAUGAUGAAGAUGGUUACAUGAAGCUAGGAAGGAACCUGGUCAAGACGUUUCUAGAUUACUACAAACUCUCGUCUUUGAUCACACCUAAACCAGCAGCUAAUAUAUCAACACUCAACCAAUUCAGGAGAAGAGAGAAGUCAGCUAAAGGAAGCAAAGGAGAGAGCGGUAAAGGUGAAAGACGAGCUAGCUCAGAGAUGAGCAAGUACUAUACACAGAGGAACAAUGUGGAUAGUCAUAGCGCCCCCACUGUCAACGGAGGUCCAACCGUACAGCUGAAAUUCAACCAGAGGGAAGCAAGGAGAUGAUGACAGAGAGAAGAUGAAGAGACUCAUUUGAACAGUGAAGAUGAAACUUUUAAAAUAGGGACAGUCUGAAUGUUAGCGGAUCAUUUUCUGUGGGAUAAUUGUAAGAGGAUUUCAAAUGAUCAGUGUAUGAGUAAAGAUUCACUCCAAUUCCACCUGUUCAUUCCAAACAUGGAGCACUGAUACAUUGCAUAUCCUAUGUCUUGUAUCUGUAUACACCUGGAUAUAGGUAAACAGGUUGAUGUUUUAAAACACCUUUAGUUAGCUCCUGGAAAUUUGAAGAUGCCAGUAAAAUUAUACUAUUCUUAAAACAUUAAAUUAGUGUUGAAACUUGGAUUAUAUGACACUAAACAUCUCAUUCACAACACUAACCUGUGUGUUUGAAUAGUGCAGAGUGUAUUUCAAAACAUUCAUUGGUGAGAUAGGAAAAAGGUUUGUGCCAGGUCAUAUUUUGUCUGUGGUGUUUGAAGUAGGAAUAUGAACAUGACUUUGGUAAAUAUAUGUGUAUAGAAACUUAUUGUAAGAUGUGCCAUUUUCAACUCUGAAUCGCACGACAUGCAGUACCUGUUUCAUCAUCUUGCAGCCAGUAUUACUUUGGAGAAAAGUUUGGAUAGACCGUGUGUCAUUUAUUCUUUCUAUGGUCAAAAUAUCACCGUUAUGCUGUACAUGUAAGACUGCCUUGAGUUUUGUAAAUUGAUUUUGAUAGUGUAUCUUAAACUUCUAGAAGAGACUGAAAUUGAAAUGUGCCAUAAUUUGCAAAUUCACAAAAAUAGUUUGAAUAUAAACCUUGGUCUGAACCACAAAUUUAUUUUGGAUUUCUAAAAUAACCGCAAAAAGAAAUGAUCAUAAUUCAGGCAACAAAAAUAAACACAUUUUUUUUGCAUUUAUUUUUCAUAAACGAUCUCAUUUGUUAUAUUUUUUCUCUCUUUCUUUUGGCUACCCAUAGUAAUUUGGUAAUAUAUGGCUAAACCACCUUUAUGAAUUCAGACAAAAGUCUUGUAUGAACCGCAAUGACAUAGGUUAAAGGUAGUUACUUUAUUCUGCUUUUCUCACUCCCGUUUCUUGAGUAACUCACACACUACUAUGUAAAUCCUUUUAUUGAAGGCACCUUGUAUAUAUAUAAAACCAAAGCUAAUCUAAUGUGUUAAUAAGAUAUGGGCUGCUUUGUAUUAUAAAUACAGAAAUAUUUAUUUUCAUUUUGAACAUAAUUCUGUCAAUAAAAUUGAAUAAAUCACA